AUAUACACUACAAGAAAUUUGGGUAUAUGCAACGGGUUUAUAUGCAAGGUGUCAAAAUUCCUUGCAAUUGGUUGACUUAUACAAAGAAUUUUGUGAAUCCUUGCAUCUGGCUCUUUGAGUUUGCAAGGAAUGCAACAAUUCCUUAUACUUGGUCUUCUCAAAUCUAAAAAAUGGUAAAUUCCUUGUAUAUAGAUUUAGAAUCCUUGCAAUUAUUACUGGGCGGGAUGUUUUAGCGCCCUCCAAAAUCACAAUUGCAACGAUUUAAGUCGCUUCCUUGUUUUUAUUUGUGGACUCCUGUCGGACCCUUUAUCACUUGAUUGAGUCUAGUUAGAAAAAGAAGAAACAAAAGCUCUCUAUGGUCCUUCUAGAUCGAUGAAGAAUACACCCAAAACACCAAAACCCCAAAUCCAACUGUCUGUGGCGAAUCUGGAACUCAUGAACACUCGCACUCCAACUCAACCCCAAAAGUCAACAACGCCAGGUUCUCCAUCUCUCCUGUCGUCAUUGCUACCCAUCUCUGCUUUCUCGCUCGCUCCCACUCACUCAAUUAGUUGGGUCUUCUUUAUCGCUCGCACUAGCUCGCAAGGUUGAAUUGUUCUGGUGAUGCCGAUUGAAAUUACUCGUGAAUGUGUAUUCGAGCGUAUACCACGUGCGUUUGUGAAGAACUUCAAUGUGUGGCCUUAGAGGCCCUUGUGGAAAACUGUGGGCUGUGAAUUUAAAAGAGAUCGAGGGUCGCGCGUGGUUUUCCAUAAUGGUUAGCAGAGUUUUGCAAAGCUUCAUUUUCUGGAAGUUGGGGAUUUCUUGACUUUCACUAAAGAUGGUGGAUCAAUUUUUGAUGUCAUAAUUUAUGGUAAAAGCUACUGCAAGAAGAAUGUUGAAGCACCAAGAGCAGGAUUGGCAAUGUUGUGGACAGAACAAUUAACAACCACGUCAUUUUAGGAAAGAGACCUGCACUUGAUCUUGUUGAAGAAACAUCUAUUGGAUCCGUCUCCUUCAAUCUGGAGAAUCCAUUUUUUACUACUAUUUUUUCAAGAUAUGCUUGAUAUGACCUGAGAAUUCAGACCAGAGUAGUCAUAGCUGCAGGUCUUAUGAGCAAUGAAACUAUAAUGCUUCAAGAUCCAGCUGGGAGGCCAUGGUCUAUUAAACUCAAAGAAACGACAAGGGGUCGAUUUGCGUAUGGAAGGCUGGUGUAAUGGUGGUGCUGAGAAGAACCAAGCUAGGAAGAAGAAAGAGAGUGUAUGGAGCUUGAAGAAAGACCAUCAUUUUUCAAGGUCCUUGUUGAUGACUUCUCCCAGCAACUGGUAACGUAUAUUAAUCUCACUUCUUUUUCUUUUUCAAGGUUCUCUGCAUAGCUCAUCAAUGAAAUUCUGAGCUAAGUGAUGCCCAUCAAAUUCCGUUUACUACUAUUUGUUUCGUGUUCUUUUGGGGAAUCAAGUAUUAAAAAUUCCUACCACAGUCUGCAACCAAACAACAAGCCAAGAAUUCCUAGUAUGCAGUGUAGGGUACUUUCAAGCUAACUUCUUGAAACUAGUUCAAAAUGGUUGAUAGCAACGCAUCAUCUGCAAAGGUACAUAGCUGACUCAACUGUUCUGCCAUCUUAAAAGAUCGUGUUGAAUCCAAAAGUAGUACCAUAAAGCAUUUUAUGCACCUGUUCUGUUUGAGGAUUAAAGAAUAAAAGAGUGACUCUCCAACACAAAUAUGGAUGAUGCUAUCAGGAAUUUGUUUAGUGCAAAAACAAUACAUGAGUACAGUGCCCAAAGUUUAUUGACCUUCUUGGUUAUGUUUUACACAUUAGCAGUUGUGACAUUUGGUACUGCUGUUCCAGCUGGUCAAUUUGUUCCUGGAAUAAUGAUAGGAUCAACAUAUGGACGUCUUGUAGGCAUGUUUGUUGUUAGCUUCUACAAGAAGCUCAACAUUGAAGAGGGAAUAUAUGCACUACUUGGAGCAGCUUCUUUUCUUGGAGGUUCAAUGCGAAUGACGGUGUCUCUAUGUGUCAUUAUGGUUGAAAUCACAAAUAAUCUGAAAUUGUUGCCUCUUAUCAUGCUUGUUCUUCUUAUUUCAAAGGCUGUUGGAGAUGCAUUCAACGAAGGCCUGUAUGAAGAACAGUCGCGGUUAAGGAACAUUCCACAGUUAGAAUCAAAACCCAAAUAUCAAAUGCGGAAGAUGACAGCAAAGGAGGCUUGUGGAAAAAGGGUGAUUUCCUUCCCUCGUGUUGUUAAGGUUGCUGAUUUGGUUUCUAUUCUACGGAGCAACAUCCACAAUGGCUUCCCUGUGAUUGAUCAUUCUAGAAACGGAGAAACACUUGUCAUUGGACUAAUGCUUCGUAGUCACUUGUUGGUACUUCUGCAGUCGAAGGUAGAUUUUCACAAGGAUGUGAAGGUAGCAAAUGUACUUCUUGAUGACUACUGUGAAGCCGUGGCCAGAGAUUUUUGAUUUGGCAAAGCUUUUGGAUCACCAAGUGUUCUGUGGUUAAGUGAAAUAUUGCUAAAUUGCAAUUUUUGAUGUACAAACGAACUAAUUGUUUUUAAUUCAAGGAAUAAAAGAAAAGUCUGGAAUGAAAAUUGGUGUAUUUUCUUUUA